UGGGUGUAAACGGCAACAGUUUGUUGCGUCAGUCACCUGCUCAAAGUCCUCAUGUGCUGUUUUUUCACCACUUCGGGACACCUCGAAUACUGUAAGCUCAGCCUGAGGAGUUUCUUUGAACAUCUUAAAACUUUAUUUUGAUUCACUACCAGCAGCAGGAAUGAUUGAGAUGGAUUAUUACUAUAUAAAGAUGUUCUUAUCGCCACUCCUGGGCUUCUCCAUUGCUAUGGUCUUGAUGAAAUGCUGCUGUAAGCUCCGGUGCUUCAGCCAAUCAAGUGCGAGCGAGCUGCAGCACCAGAACACUCCUAUAUAUGUCAUUCCCAUCUCGGUUAACGAUGACAACCUUGAUGAGGCUUCACUGUCAUCUGUGGAGACUUUUGCGCCUCCUGCAUACGACUCCCUCGCCACUGUCAUCCCUCCACCACCAUAUUCAGAGAGGAAGAUAAGCAUUCCUGAUGAAGCACCACCAGAUUACACUGAAAUCGUGGAGCAGCUGUCAUUUCCUCGCAAUUUACCUCAACAGACACAGCAAAUGUCAUGGACACUGAACACAAAUGGACAGUGAAAAGACCAGGACCAGAUCCGAGCUAUGGAUCAUUUUGAUUUAUUAUUGAUAAUAAUAGAUUGUUAUAUUGUUGAUAACGUGAGAAGUUUACAAUGACUGUAAAACGGCUUGAUGAUCCAUAGUCCGUUUUUGCUGUAGAGUGUGUGUCUGUGCGUGUGUGUGUGUGUGUGUGAGAGAGAGAGAGAGAGAGAUAGUUAUACUGUGAAUAAACAAAAUGCAAAGCA